GGCUGCUGGAGAGGGCGGAGCCUUCGAUGCAGCAGCCCCGCCCCCUGGCGCACCAAACCCCGCCUCUCGCGCGGCGGCGUCGCGGCCCCGCCCCUGCGCGCCGGCGGCCUGCGGAUUACUCUGCCUGGGAGGCCAUGGCGUCCUUCCGCUUGGCCCUCAUCCAGCUUCAGGUUUCUUCGAUCAAAGCAGAUAAUGUCACUCGGGCUUGUAGUUUUAUUCGGGAGGCAGCAAAGCAGGGAGCUAAAAUAGUUUCUCUGCCUGAAUGUUUUAAUUCUCCAUAUGGCACAAAAUAUUUUCCUGAAUAUGCGGAGAAAAUUCCUGGUGAAUCCACACAGAAGCUUUCUGAAGUAGCGAAAGAAUGCGGCCUGUAUCUCAUUGGAGGCUCCAUUCCUGAGGAGGAUGCCGGGAAAUUAUAUAACACCUGUCCUGUGUUUGGGCCUGAUGGAACUUUACUAGUAAAACACAGAAAAAUCCAUCUGUUUGACAUUGAUGUUCCUGGAAAAAUUACAUUUCAAGAAUCUAAAACACUGAGUCCUGGUGAUACUUUCUCCACAUUUGACACCCCUUACUGCAGAGUGGGCCUGGGCAUCUGCUACGACAUGCGCUUUGCAGAGGUUGCACAAAUCUACGCACAGAGAGGAUGCCAGCUCUUGGUGUAUCCUGGAGCUUUCAAUUUGACCACUGGACCAGCUCACUGGGAGUUGCUUCAACGAGGCCGUGCUGUUGACAAUCAGGUGUACGUGGCCACAGCCUCUCCUGCCCGGGAUGACAAAGCCUCAUAUGUGGCCUGGGGACACAGCACCAUUGUGAAUCCUUGGGGCGAAGUCAUAGCCAGAGCUGGCACUGAAGAAAUGGUCCUGUAUUCAGAUAUAGAUCUGAAGAAGUUGGCUGAAAUACGUCAGCAAAUCCCAGUUUUAAGACAAAAGCGAUCAGAUCUCUAUGCAGUGGAGCUAAAAAAGCCCCAAUGAUUAUGUUUCCAACAUUCAUGAAACAGGAAGCUACAAAGAAUAAUAAACUCCCUAUUGAGUCCUUUUUGGGAGUAGGAGGGUUGUGAAUCCAGACCUCAUACCUGCUGAGCACGUGCUUCUAUCUCUGAAUUAUGCCCCUAUUCUCCAUUAAAUGUAUACUUUUUAUUUUUCUUCAAAUUUUAACUUUUUUUUCUUUUUUUUUUCUGAGGUGGGGUCUAGCUAUAUAGUGUACUUUGGCUUUGAACUUGCAGCACUCAUCCUGCCUCAGCCUCCCAAAUGUUGGGGUUAUAAGUGUACCCCACCAUGCCUGGCUAAAUUUUAGCCUUUUCCUACCCAGAGAACUCUGGAGAUGACAGAGCCUCAGCAUGCUGUCGUUCUUCACGUCAUAUUAAAUAGGACACAGGCCAGUGUUAAAGAGCAGAAAAAUGGGGGGCUGGCUCUGCAGUGUCUGCCAUUCUUAAGUCACCUCAGAGCAGCUGGUAGAAGUGACGGGUAUUAGUACCCUGGUGUUUGACUGACCUAAUGCAAAUAUGUUUAUGUAAUGAACCUCUUAUCCCACUUGCUGGAUUUGGAAUCCAUUAUCUGGAUAAUUUGGUCUGGUCCUAGUCUUUUCCAAGAAGUGCCUUAAAGUUAAUGUUUUGGAAUCUAUAGCUGUGGGGAGCACGGGGAGCACAGUGAUUCUUUUUGUUUGCCAGAUGAAGUGGCAGCCUCUCCCCUUCUAGCACCCUUUCGGCUCUUCACACUCAAGAAGGAGCCAGUGAUUGAAACCCAGGCCUUCUUGGCUUUAGAAGACAAGCUGGGUCAGCAACGAGCUCCUGUGGAUGGUAUUGGUGAAAGCAACUCAGUAUGAACCCACAAAAGAUUUUUUCUGGUAGGGUUGUGUCUGAAGAUUUCAGGUCUUUCUGCUUUUUAACACUUUAUUAUUCUGUAAAUAACUGCAGAGCCUAAUGGUUCUCAGACUUUUUGGUCUUAAAAUGUUUUUUGUUUUUUUUUUGUCUUUUUUGUUUUUAUCGGUACCAGGGAUCGAACUCACAACCAAACACUUGCAAGGCAGGUGCUUAUGCCACUGAGCUAAAUCCCUAGCCCCCUGGUUUUAAAAUGUUUUUGCACAAAUAAAAAUUAAGAACUUGAA